AUGUCCAGCCCAACAAACUCCGAUGCCGACCCUUCGGCAGGCCUGGUUUCUAAUUUUCGACAGGCAACAAACGAAACCUCGCAGCCCGGCAGCGGAGUUGGCAUUUCCCGCAUUUCGUGCAGAUGUCAUCUCCAAGACGAAAUGGUCUGGGCCCUAGACAUUAUAUUCGUCUCGGAUCUGGAUGUUCCAGACGAUACCAUGCCAGAAUGGAAAGCCUACCUCCAGGUCAGCGCUCACGAUGUGCCAAGACUCAUGAGGGAGGGCUUCUACUGGAGCGAGGCCAACGUCGAUCAGGAGAGGGGAGAGUAUGCGUGUUAUCCCCGCGAGGAAAACCCAAGCCUCCCAAGGUUCUGCCGCACCUACUACCUCGAUGACCUGGAAGAUGAUCCGCAGUGGAUGGCCCAGCUCACGGUGCACUCUCACGAACUUCACGUGCUCUCGGAGUUUAGGCUACGGGAUCUUAGGGUCGAGGAUAUCCUCUCGGCGAUGGCAUUUCGCCCUCGCGGCCACCGGGUGUACUACUAUCACGCCCAUAAGCCGCAACAUUGUAUCAAUGCCAUCUACGACAACAUGCCGUUGAAGGGCUGGUGGCCCUGGCCAAAAGAGGAGGAAGCAGCGGGCGAGACAGAGGACGACACAGAGAACGAAGCAGAAGUUUAG